AUGUUUGGCGACAUGUUUGCCAAUUUGAAGCGCAUGCGUGCGCGACAGAUUUUGCUCCAGGUCAUUUCAUUCGGCCUCAUCGUGUCAUCGGCGCUCAUGAUAUGGAAGACUCUCAUGGUUGUGACCGGAAGCGAAAGCCCCAUUGUCGUUGUUCUCAGCGGAAGCAUGGAGCCAGCGUUCCAUCGCGGCGACCUUCUCUUCCUCUACAUGUCCGAGUCUCCCAUUCGGGUGGGCGAGAUCGUGGUCUUCAAGCUGGACGGGCGGGACAUACCAAUCGUCCAUCGAGUACUCAAAGUACACGAACGGCCGGACGGGGAGGUCGAUCUGCUCACGAAGGGUGACAACAACCCGGUGGACGACCGUGGGCUCUACCCGCCUGGCCAGCUGUGGCUCAACGAGCGCCACAUCAUCGGCAGAGCCAAGGGGUUCCUGCCCUACGUCGGGAUGGUGACCAUCGUCAUGAACGACUACCCGUACCUCAAGUUCCUGCUCAUCGGCGUGCUUGGACUCUUCGUCCUGUCCAACCGCGAGUGA